AACGGUGGAGCGCGGCCCCGGCGCUCCGCGGCAGGAUGAUCCCCGCCGAGGAGGUGUCGGCCCGCAGGAGGGCGAUCGAGGGCAAGCUCAAGCAGGAAGAAGAAACCCUGUCCUUUAUCAAAGAGAGCCUUGAGAAGAGUGACCAGCUUACAAAGAACAUGGUUUCUAUUCUUUCCUCCUUUGAAAGUCGUUUGAUGAAGCUGGAGAACUCGAUCAUCCCUGUCCAUAAACAGACAGAGAACCUGCAGCGCUUGCAGGAGAACGUGGAGAAGACCCUGUCCUGCUUGGAUCACGUCAUCAGUUACUCCCAUGUGGCUAAGGACACAGAGAAGAUCAUAAAGGAAGGCCCCACUGGGAGGCUGGAGGAGUACUUGAAUUGCAUGGACAAAAUCCAGAAGGCGGUGGAAUACUUCCAGGACAACAAUCCAGACAGCCCAGAGCUGAACCGCAUGAAAUCCCUCUUUGAGAGGGGCAAGCCGCAGCUUGAUGACACGACACACCAAGCCGGUCCCACCCAUCCUCAUCCUGGACCUGAUCAGCGGGGAUGAUGAAAUGGAGA